AUGGCUUAAUAAAAUAGUCAACUCCAUCUUAGAUAUUGGAGUUCUAGUGAUUGGGAUUUUAAGAAAAAGAAAGAACUUCAACAUCAAAUGCUAGUUACAAGGUAGAGAUUCUUUGAAUCUAUGAGACCAUAAGAAGUAAAACGGAUUAAUACUACUAAUUUUCAUCAAUAUGUUAUCGAUAUUAGAGAAUAUUAUGAAAAAAGAAAUCAGCAGCUUAUAUCAAGUAAAAAAUAUAGUAGAAGCACGAAAUCCUUAAAAAAUAUAUUUAGUAAUAACAAUCUAAUGCAUAAAUUUAAAUCGUAACCAUUCUUUCCAGAUAUUAAUUGA